CAUGGCUCCGCUGACGGUGAAAGCCUACCUGCUGGGCAAGGAGGACGCGUCCCGGGAGAUCCGCCGCUUCGCCGUCGAGGCGCCGGCCCUGUACCAGCCCAUCCGGGACAAGGUGGUCGAGCUCUUCCAGGGGCUGCUCCGCAACGCCAGCGCCGCCGCCGCCGCGGCCACCGGCGCUUUCCAGAUGUACUACAAGGAUGAAGAUGGAGAUAUGAUUGCUUUUUCCAGCGAUGAAGAACUGCAGCUGGCCAUGCCCUAUGUAAAAGAUGGCAUUUUCCGCAUCUACGUUAAAGAGAAAAAGGAGUUGAAACGCGAGCACCUGCAUCGCCAGUCCUGCAGCCAGGAGCGUCCUUCAAAUGUGGUGCACCCCAACGUGGUCUGCGAUGGCUGUGAUGGUCCAGUUGUGGGUGCCAGAUUCAAGUGUAGUGUUUGUCCAGACUAUGACCUGUGCAGCACUUGCGAGGGAAAAGGCACCCACAAGGAACACAACAUGAUCAUGUUUCAAAGUCCGUUGCUCAAUCCACUGGAGUGGCUUCCUAGAGGUCGAUGGCAUCGCAGGAUGCGACAUGGUGUCCCCUUUCCAUGGAUGCAAGGCUGGGGGCACUCUUGCCCUGGCCGUUGUCAGAACCCUGGUCAGGCGCAAGAUGAUACCAGUAACACUGUCCCAGAUGCUACUCCAGAGCAAGGAGAGGCUUCUAGCAACCAGUCUCAGGAUCCCAACGUCACCUUCUUGAAGAAUGUUGGAGAAAGUGUUGCAGCAUUUCUGAGUCCACUUGGCAUUGAUGUGGACAUUGACGUGGAGCACCAGGGAAAAAGAAGCAAAGUGGCACCCGCACCUAGUCCUGAGAAGGGCAGUGCCAGGCCUAGAAGCAGCUCAGGUGACCAGUCGAAAUCAGAAACCAGCAGUAAGAGCAAGCCAGCUUCAGAGGCAGAGGAUGCUGUUACUGAACAGCUUCAGGAGAUGGUGGUAGAUUCUCCCCCUAUGCAGAUGGAGCAGGAUAGUCUCUUGUCACAGGAACCAGCUGAAUCCAGUAGUAGUUCAGCGGGGGAUGAGGACUGGACCCACUUAUCUUCAAAGGAAGUGGAUCCUUCUACUGGUGAGCUGCAAUCCUUACAAAUGCCCGAAGAAGAUGCCCCAUGCUGCCUGGAUCCAACUCAGGCUCCUGCUAACCCAGGACCAACAGGCUUGAGAGAGGCUGCAGUCUACCCUCAUCUUCCACCAGAUGCAGAUCCCCGCCUGAUUGAAUCCUUGUCACAGAUGCUGUCCAUGGGAUUCAGUGAUGAAGGAGGAUGGCUCACUCAUCUGCUGCGUUCCAAGAAAUAUGAUAUUGGGGCAGCGCUGGAUACUAUCCAGUACGCCAAGCAUUCAGCAGCUCCCUAACACCACCUAUUCAACUCCUAAUAC